GCGAAUCAGUUUUGAGGAAUAUGGACAAGUGAAAGGAUGGUGGCAGUGAAUUAUUAGUGCCGAUCGCCCGCUUUUAUGACUGCAACUGUGACUUUCGGCAGCGAUUUCCCAUUUCCCGAGCGCAGCACCGACCCGCGGACGCCGCAGGCACCCCUUCCAGAGUGACCAGGAGGGCUGCUGAUGAAUUCCCGUGGGCUCAUUAGGCCGCUGCCGCCCUUCUUCUCGAGCCAACCCAACUAGCACAACCAGCAGGCGCAGGCGGCCGAGCCGGACGCAUCAUGGACAGUCCGCGCGCCCUGGACGUGCUGCCCCUGCUGCAGGAACGGCUGGCGGAGCUGCCGGGGGCGAGGGACCGUCGCGGAGGGCCCGUCCUCUUCUUUCCAGCCACACCUCGCAGGGAGCGCGCCAAACCCGAGGACUACCGACGCCUCCUGCAGUACUUGCUCAGCAUACCAUGCGAGGAGCAGAGGGAGUUGGGCUUUGCGGUGGUGAUCGACAUGAGGGGCUCCACCUGGAGCACCGUCAAGCCCAUCCUGAAAGUGCUGCAGGAACACUGCAACGCGCUCAUCCACGUGGCCUACAUCAUCAAGCCGGACAACUUCUGGCAGAAACAACGCACCUCCCUCGCUAGUCACAAGUACAAGUUCGAGACCUGUUUGAUCGGGCUGGACGCGCUUCCCAAGUCGGUAGACACGACGCAGCUGACAGUCGACCUUGACGGCUCUCUUCACUACGAUCACGCUCACUGGAUCGAAAUGAGACUGGCCCUUGAAGAUUUCCUCUGGCAGGCAGCCGACCUGCUGGACCGUUUGGACGACCUGCAAGAGGAUCUCUCCCGGGGCGACCUGGCCGACGACCUGCCGGGCGCCAAGGCCGCCCUUGAACUGCACAGCGAAAUGAAAAAGAAGAUUUUAAAAGCACCCGUAGAAGAAGUAGAUCUGGUCGGCCAGAGGUUGCUGCAGCGGCUCUCAGGCGAAGGGGGACCAAGUGGUUACGACUCGGGCUACUCGGGGCGGGACUCCGAGGCCAGUUCGGGCACAACCAACCCUGACCUGCAGGCCAGCGUGCCCGAAAUCCUGCAGCACCUGGAGGCCGGCAGAACGGCGCAGCAACAACUGCUCUCACUGUGGGCUCACAAAAAGGCUCGUCUAGACCAGUGCUUUCAGCUCCGAUUGUUCGAGCAAGACUGCGACAAAAUGCUGGACUGGAUUUGCCGAAACCGAGAAGUGUUCCUAUCAAACUAUGUCGAGAUUGGUCAUUCAUACCAGUUGGCUCAGCAACUUCAAGAAGAACACAAUCAUUUUACUGCCAACUCUAUGAACGCCUUUAUAAAUAUAAACCGGGUGCUGGGAGCUGCCAACAGGCUGCUGGAAACAGGCCAUUACGCAGCCAACAGGAUAAGGCAUGUUGCGGCUCGGCUGGAGAGGGCUUGGAAAGAGUUUGCGGCCGGACUGGACGAGCGGAACGCAGUUCUGAGUCUGUCCGUCAUGUUCCAUCACAAGGCUGAGCAGUACGUGGAAAGCACACCAGCUUGGAGCCAAGCUUGUGAAGUAGGCAACGCGCCGAGUGAUAUUACAGAGUUAGAGGCUGCGAUUCACUCUCAUCAGAGUCUCUACGAAGCAAUGUGCCAAGCUUACACUGAGGUUUAUGAAUCCUACCAGAGAUUACUCGAUGGUUUGGACAGAAUGGUGAUUUUGAGGCAUUCACAGCAGUCACCACCAUUCUGCGCCUGUCAUCACAAAGGUGAAGGUUCUUCCUACGAAGGCAGUCGGAAUAGCGGCGGUGGCGGAAAUCCUGCCGCUGACUAUUCGGAGGGUGCCGGCCAUGUUCUUGAUGUGAUACACCAAAUAUUAAACCACCACCGAGCCCUUGAGAAUCGAUGGCACUCGAACAAAAUCAAAUUGCACCAGAGACUGGCCUUGCGGCUGUUCCAAGGAGAUGUCAAACAAGUCUUGGACUGGCUCGACAACCACGGUGAAGUGUUCCUUUGUAAAAACACCGGCAUCGGCCGCUCCCUGCCCAAAGCCCGCGUCUACCAAAAGAGUCACGAGCACUUCGAGCGUGUCGCACAGAACACAUACACGAACGCGGAGAAACUGCUGACCGCCGCCGAGGAGCUUGCCCAGACCGGCGAGUGCAAGGCGGACGAAAUCUACUCGGUGGCCCGUCAGCUGGAAACGAGGGUGGCGAGUUUCGCGGCCCGAGUCGAGGAGCGACGCCACCGACUCGACUUGGCCGUUGCCUUCUAUCAAAAGGACAAGGAGUUUUGCUCGUGGCUCGACACGUUGCGCCAGGCCGUGGCCGACGGAGAGGAGGAAGUGGCCGCCGAAACGCUGGAAGCCGCCGAACGCCUUUUGCAGCAGGGCGAGCAGCAGCGAGAACAAACCCUGGCAGCCUGCAACAGCACCAUCGCCCAUGGCGAGUCCCUCGUCCAAGAGCUCAGGGCCGCUGGUGUCACUCCCGAGAUGGACGCGACAGGGUCGGUAGCCGCCGUGGAGUCCACCCUGGAGCGACUGGGGCAGCAGCGGGAGGAACUGGAGCAGUUGUGGUCAACGCGGCGGCUGCGCCUCGAUUUGUGUCUGCAGCUGCGUUUGUUCGAACGCGAUGCCCUUGAGGUGUCGUCCCAACUGGAAAUGUGGGCGGAGGAGCUUCAGAGGAGCGAGCUGAGCAGAGAUGUGCAAAAGGCCGAGCAGUUGCUGCGACUCCACAACGAGAGUGUGCAGCACAUGCAGAACACCACCUUCCAGGUGCUCCAGCGCGGCCAGGAACUCGCUCAGCUAAUGGAGUCAUCGGGGGUGACGGUGAUGGCGGACGCCCAGUUUCCAGCGCAGACUCGCGUCCAGGUGCUCCUCGAGUUUCUGCACGAGAAGGAAAUGGAUCUGGAGGACCUGGCCGAAAUGCGGCGCGUCCGUUUGGAGCAGGCCCUGCAGUUGGGUCAGUUCCAGAGCGACGCCAAUCAAGUCAUCAGCUGGAUUCGGAACGGCGAGGCCAUGCUGCAGGCCAGUUUCUCUCUGCCGAGCAAUCUGGCCGAAGCGGAACAGCUCAAGAAAGAACACGAACAAUUUCAAGUUGCAAUUGAGAAAACGCACGUCUCGAUGGCUCAGAUCCGAAUGCGAGCCGACGCGCUGAUCGGCGCCAACCACUUUGACCCGCAAAGCGUCCGGAACAUUUCAGACGAAGUCACCACCAGGUGGCAGAACCUAGUCAGUAUUGCCGAAGAACGACACCGGCUCGCGCAGGCUGCAGUUCGCUUCUUCAAAACCGCAGAAAAUGUUUGCUCCGUUCUGGACAGUCUAGAGAGGGAGUACCGUCGAGAUGAGGAUCUCUGUGCAAGCGCCCCUAACAAUGAUAAAGUUGCUGGUCUGGCGCAACUGAUAGCAAAGCACCAGGAAAAGAAGGAGGCCUUCCUGAAAGGGUGCACCCUGGCCAGGAGGAACGCCGAAACCUUCCUCAAGUGCUCCCUCCGAAGCGAGCAAAUCUACAACUCACAGCCUGAUGCCAGUUCCAGAAACUCUAAGGCCAAAGUCCAAGUCACUUUGGAGCGCCUUUUGUCACAAGAGACGAGAGUGCUUGAGCACUGGGCUGACAGAAAGAAACGGCUAGACCAGUGUCAGCAGUAUGUCUUGUUAGAGAGGUCUGCUCAGCAAGCGUUGAAAUGGAUCAGAGAAACUGGAGAACUCUAUUUGAGCACUCACACCCAUGUGGGAAACAAUCGAGCUGAAACCGAACAGUUACUCAAGGAGCACAACGAGUUCAAAGUCACAGCCAAGGAAACACGGGAAAAGGUGAAGCUGCUCAAACAACUGGCAGAGAAUUUGGUGGAGCAAGGCCAUUUCCAUGCUGGCUCCAUCAAGCAGUGGGUCACGGCUGUGGACAAUCGUUACAAGGACUUCAGCACUCGCAUGGACAAGUAUAGACUUCAACUUGAAGGAGCUUUAGGCAUUUUGUCAGAGGCAGAAGCUGAAAAAGCAGAUCUGUCUCUGGAAAAGAGCUCCGGGGGCUCCGACCCCUCACUCGAAUCUCGUGUCAAAGAAAUCGCUGCCAAAGAAUUGAAAGAGCUGAAUGAGGAAAAGAGGAAAUCUGCCAGAAGGAAGGAAUUCAUCAUGGCCGAAUUGCUGCAGACUGAAAGGACUUAUGUCAAAGAUUUAGAAAUUUGUGUCCGAUGCUUUUUGGAUGAGCUUCGAGAGUGUCCGACAGCGGCGCCUAUGGGAAUUCAAGCCAAAGAGGACAUCCUGUUUGGAAACAUGGAGGAAAUCCUUGAAUUUCACCAAAAUAUUUUUCUCCGAGAGUUGGAGAAAUACGAAACGAUGCCCGAGGAUGUGGGCCAUUGCUUUGUAACUUGGGCUGCCAAAUUUGACAUGUACGUCCAGUACUGCCGCAACAAACCAGAGUCAAACUCACUUCUAGUCACACACGGCGGUUCAUUUUUCGAGGAUCUCCAGAAGAAGCACCACAUCGAGCAUCCCAUUGCUGCCUAUCUCAUUAAACCGGUGCAGCGAAUAACAAAGUACCAACUUUUGCUGAAAGAUCUCCAGGGGUGCUGUGAUGAAGGACAAGGAGAAAUCAAGGACGGUUUGGAAGUGAUGCUUAAUGUGCCAAAAAAAGCAAACGACGCCAUGCACUUGUCCUUGCUCGAGGGGUGUGACGUUUCCAUUGACAAAUUGGGCGAAGUCAUUUUGCAAGACACCUUCCAGGUGUGGGACCCGAGACAGUUGAUUCGCAAAGGAAGAGAGCGCCAUCUUUUCCUGUUUGAGUUGUAUCUGCUCUUCAGCAAAGAAGUGAAAGACUCUAAUGGCAGGGCCAAGUACAUUUACAAGCACAAAAUCAUGACGUCAGAAGCAGGAGUUACCGAACACAUUGAAGGUGAUGAAUGCAAAUUUGCAGUUUGGACUGGACGAGCUCCAAUGAUGUCUGAUCAGAGAAUAGUCCUGAAGGCUUCUUCACUGGAGGCGAAACAAACUUGGGUGAAGAAGCUACGGGAAGUUAUCCAAGAAACGUUCUUUGGAUCUGUGAUGCCAAUCGGUCUUCCACGAAGUCCUGCCAGGACAAAGGGCAACAGUCAGCGCACAAGCAGGGAUAUGGAAGACUCAACGUCAUUAGAGGACAACGAGAGUCAGGAUAGGGGCUCUUUGACGUCCUUCGGCUCAGGACACACCACCGACUCUGAAAAGGGCCAAGAGAUGACCUGGGUGGUUGCUGACCACGAAGCACCCACCGGCUCGGCCGAGAUCACGGUGCGCAAAGGUCAGCAGGUCGAAGUGCUCGAGGUGCCGGCCGGCCAGGAGCUGUGCCUGGUCCGGCUUCACCCGUCCUCGGCCUCGGAGCACCCUGUCGAGGGAAUGGUGCCACUUUCAGUGCUCAAACCACCACCCCAAGGCCUAAGAGGACAAAGAACUCACGAAGAGGGUGCGACUGGAAGUGACUCCGCGACCCACCAGGCCACCAACUCGCCGGUCAACAAGAGAAAGGUGUUCGGAGGACGAAAAUGGUUCCCGCAUCCUCUCCGGAAACUCAGCAAAGGCAACCUGCAAGACAAGCCACCGGUUUCCAGUCCAGGACCCAACUCCACCAUUCCAACACACAACCCUCUCAAGAAGACUUCCUCAGAUAACAGAAUUAAGGUUCCAAGCACAGACAGCGGACGACCGAGCAGUACCCAGUCGGAAGCUGAGAGCGUCUCGUCGGGCCCGUCGUCAGAAUUGAACGGCGCCGAGGACGCCGAGGAAGAGACCCUGGAACUGCCGCCGCCGAUGAAGCCGAUCUCGGACUCGCUGAUCGGCGGCGCCACCGCUCUGGGCGGCGCCAACGGCGGCGACGACUCUCAGGCCAAGAGGGCGUCCAGUUUGUCUUUGAAGGCGUUGGACGGCGCGUCGGCAGAUUUGGCCGAGAUCGAGCAGAUUGUCAAGGAGCGAAUGGAGCAACACACGGAAAACCAGGAGCGGCACAGCCUGCUGUCCAAGGGGUCUAGUCAGUUGGAGGAGGCGGCGGUGGUGCCGACGCCGAGCGAGGAGGAGGCGGACGGCGAGGCGGCCGCCAACGCCAUCAAGACUGACCCGCUGCGCAAGAGGCAAUUUGUGAUCCAGGAAAUGCUCGACACCGAGCGCAUCUACGUGCGCGACCUGCGCGACGUCGUCGAGGGCUACAUCACGUUCAUGCGGACGCCGCCCCCGGCCAACCCUGAGGAGGACGACCUGCCCAUGCCUGACGACCUCAAGGCCGGCAAGGACAAAAUGGUGUUUGGAAAUAUCGAGGCCAUCUACGAGUGGCACAGAGACUUCUUCUUGAAAGCUCUUGAGCGCUGUGAGGAAAAGCCCGAGGAGUUGGGCUUGAUUUUUAAGAGAUACGAAAGGAAACUGCACAUGUAUGUGGUGUACUGCCAAAACAAACCCGUCUCAGAAUUUAUAGUGUCAGAAAAAGAAAACUACUUUGAGGAGCUACGUCAAAAAUUAGGUCAUAAGCUACAGUUAGCCGAUCUUUUGAUCAAACCCGUUCAGAGGAUAAUGAAGUAUCAGUUGAUGCUGAAGGACAUUCUCAAGUACUCGGAGCGGGCCAACGUGUCCGAAGAGGAGCUGAACGCCUUGAAGUCUGCUUUCCAUAUCAUGCAAAUCGUGCCCAAAUCUGCAAACGACAUGAUGGACGUCGGCAGACUGCAAGGAUUUGAGGGUAAAAUCACAGCGCAAGGCAAACUGAUGAUGCACGGCCCGUUGACGUGCAUGGAAGGAAGUGCCGCCCAAGGAUUCCGGGGCAAAGAACUGCAAGUGUUCCUGUUUGAGCAAAGCAUGAUUUUCAGUGAGGCCGUCGGCCGCAAAACACAAUUCACCAACCCCGUCUACAUUUACAAAGGACAUGUGCAGGUGAACAAAAUGUCUCUGAAUGAGCGGAGUGAGGACGGCGAUCAGUGCAAAUUUUUGAUCCAGUCAACAGACCCGCGGAAGCCGAACCUGAUUUACACGUGUCAGGGUUCGUCGCCCGCGCUUCGCAACGAUUGGGUGGCGACCAUCAAGGCCAUCCUGCAGACGCAGAUGGACUUCCUGAAGGCGAUCCAGUCGCCGAUCGCGCACCAGAAAGAACUGACAAAGGAGGCCCUUGCCUUUUCCUUUUCUGCCCUUCCGAGGUCGGCGUCCGAGGACCGACCUUCGCCGGGUCGGCCUCCGGCCAUCAGCCGCCUCCCCCGCCUCCAGUCGGUGCCGCAGAAAAACGACAACAAGCAGUCGAGACUGAACGCCAUCGUCGGAGGACUGAAAACUCUGACCACCAAUUCCAGCGCCCGCAGGUGGAGCGAAUCCGCAGGAGCAAAUAUUUGUGAAGGUGAGCACCUUGUGAUGCCGCAGUCGUCGCUGCCCCCACUCAGUCCUCGACACCCGUCCGUCCCUAGUCCCAACAGCCUAUCUCCGGACCACCUCUACAAAAACGGAGCCACCCCGCCCAGCUCGCCGAGCAAAGCAUGGGCCUUCAAGUUCAAAAAGCCAAGUUUCAGCAAGACUAGUCGCCAGUCCAGCUGCCCUUCGCCGCCUUCUCCAUUGCCUGAGCUUGAGAGUCACUACGAGGUGGUCGAGGAGCUGGAGCGUGGCUCGCGGGCCGUCGUGAUGGCGUGCAGAGAUCGAAAGACUGGUAGAGAAGCGGCGGCCAAACUAGUGUGGAGAGAAAAACAGUCUGAGGCGGCCACAAUCGCCGAGUUCCGAAUGCUCACCCGACUCGGCCACCCGAGUUUGCCCAAGGCGUUCGGACUCUACUCUGCCGGUCUCGGACGAGACGCAAUCGUCAUGGAAAAAGUCAGAGGUUCGGAGCUGUUCAGCUUUGUUUGCGAAAAGGAAAGUUACUGCGAAGGGUCAGUUCGCCACUACAUGCUGCAAACCAUGUCUGCCCUUGUCUACCUCCACACGCAACGAGUAGCUCACCUAGACAUAAAGCCCGAAAACAUAUUGGUGGAGCCGAACAACGCCGGCAUGGGCCGGCUGCGCAUUGUUGACCUGGGAGACGCGCAGUGCGUGGGCGACGAGAGCGAGUUCUUCAGCAACGGACACGCCGGGGCCGAGCUGCAGCCGUCGAGCGUCGAGUUCUGCUCGCCGGAGGUGGUGCAGCGGGGCCGGACGGGGGGCGGCGGGUGCGCGAGCGACAUGUGGAGCGUGGGCGCGGUGCUGUACGCCUUCCUGAGCGGCGUGUCGCCCUUCCUGGACGACUCGCCCGAGGAAACGACCGCGCACAUCCUCAACGUCGACUUCUGCUACCCGCACGAGUUCUGGGCCGGCGUCUCGGAGCGGGCGCGCGCCCUCAUCGGCCGCCUCCUCCAGCUCGACACCACGGCCCGCGCCACCGCCCAGCAGUGCCUCAGCGACCCCUGGCUUUUGCAAAAUGGCGAGGGCUGCAGAAUCCAAAGUGACAGACUGAGGACUUUGGUCGAGCGCCGCAAGAGAUGCAAAAUCUUGCUCUCUCCCUCCUGAAUAAAUUGCGACCGAGUUUUGUAAAAAAAAUCUGAAUAUUCGACAAACUGUAAAACUUUGAAAAAAUAUAAAUAUGUGAAUUGUGCUAUAUCUUGUACAUUUGUGAAUAAUAGAUGUAAUUUAUUUAAAAUUAAUUAUAAAUUAAAUUCACACAAACAAAUAUUU